UCCGACACACUAUCCGACUGUCACAGUGCGCUCUGGACUCUACACUGAACAGAUUACCGGUAUCGUUAUCGUUCAUCAUGGAUUUGAAACUCUUGGCGGUUAUGUCUGUGCUUGCUGUGGCGACAUACGCUCCUUUCUCACAAGCUAAGCCCUUCAGUAUGAUCGAGAGGUGCUGGUGUCGUUCUACAGUUAACACCGUCCCCCAGCGCAACAUCAGAGAACUGAAGUUCCUACACACACCCAACUGCCCCUUCCAAGUGAUUGCCAAGCUGAAGAACCACAAGGAGGUGUGUAUCAACCCCGAGACCAAGUGGCUGCAGCAGUACCUGAAGAAUGCCCUCAACAAGAUGAAGAAAGCCAAGCAGACCAACUAGAGAGCCUUCAGGAAGACCUCCCAACAGAGACAGUGUCUAGUGAAAGUCUACACACCUCUUGCACAGUCUUCACAUUUUACUUAAUAUUUGAUCUAAAAAGGGAUCAUAUUAGAUUUUUUCCCCUACAGAUCUACACAACCUUCAUUUUCAAAGUGAAAGAAAGUUGUAGAAAAAAAUUGAAGAUGUCUUCACACCCCAGAGAUGAUACUUGGUGGAAGCGCCUUUGGAAGCUAUUACAGCUGUGAAUCAGAUUGAAUAAUAUUCUACCAAGUUUGCACAACUCGUAGCACAACAUACUGUAUGUCCAUUGUUUUUGUCAAAAUAGCUCUAACUCAGUACAUUUGGUUGUGAAUCAUUGAUGGACAUCAAUAUUCAAACAUUGUCUAUGAUUUUCAAGAAAAUGUCAAAAGUCAGGACACUCAACACCAUUUGGAAAGCAAUUCUGGUGUGUCUUUGCCAUAAAAUAAGUUGUAAUUGUCUUUCUGAAAAAUAAAACUCUAUCCCAGGGUUAGGUUUUCAGAAGAUUGAGGCGGGUUUUCCUUUUACUUUUUACCUGGGGUUUGCUCCUUUCAUGUUUGUUUUGAUCCUGAUAAACUCCCCAGUCCUUGCCAGUAACAAGGAUAACCGUAACAUGAUGUUGCCACCACAAUACUGGAAAAUACAGAGGGUUUCACUCUGUGUUGUGUUGUAUUGGAUCUGACCCAAAACUGUAGUCUUUAAUUUAGACCAAAAAGUUAAUGGCUUUGCUGUGUUCAUAAUAAUAAUAAUAUGAUAUGCCAUUUUGCAGACGCUUUUAUCCAAAGCGACUUACAGUCAUGCGUGCAUACAUUUUUUUUGUGUUGUCUUGCAGUAUUACUUAACGGCCUUGUUGCAAACCGAAUGAAUGAUUUGGAGUGGAUUUUUUAACACAGGAUUCCUACUUUUCACUUUGUCAUACAGGCCAGUAAUGUGGAGUGAAUGCAAUGCUGUUGAUCCCUUUUCAAGUAUUGUGGUGGCAGCAUCGUGUUAUGGGUAUGCUUGUCACCGGCAGGGACUGUAGAGCUUGUCAGGAUCUAAAGAAAUAUGAAAGGAGCAAAGCCCAGGUAAAAUGUUAGAGGAAAACCCGACUCGGUCUUCUGAAAAACAAAUCCUUGGAUAGUUUUCUUUUUCUGUGGGAUAAUUACACCAUUUAUUUAUGCCAAAGACACAGGCUUUCUAAGAGGUGUUAAAUGUUUCUAGAUUCUUAUUCAAAAUUAUUCACAGCUGUAAUCGCUACCAAAGGUGCUUCCACCAAGUAUUUACUUUGAGGUGUGAAGACACACGCCAUCAAUACAUCCUCAUUUUGUGUUUCUCAGUAAUUUGGAAAAUGUUAUAUCAUUUUUCUUUCACUUUUAAAAUGUGGAGUAGUUUGUGUAGAUCAAUAGGAAACAAAUCUAAUGUAAUCCCUUUUUAGAUGUAAUUUUAAGGCAGCAAAUUGUGAAGGGGUGUGUAGACUUUCACUAGCGGCUGUGUGUAACGUGAGGCGAAUAGCGUGUAACAUGUACUCUCCAGGCACGCAUGCUGAACAGCACUUAUCCUGUCCAUCACGGAACCAUCCAACCCACGGCUUGCCAAAACCACCAUCUCUGUUACCUAUGUUACCAUAACCACCUGCACCCCUUAUAGAAUCCACCCCUGUUAAUGCCAAGUGCAAUUAUAUCUGUGCGUGUAUGUUUUUAUCUAUGAUGUGUAUAUACCUUUUUUCCUUUCCUAUUUGAUUAGUAAGGAGCUAUUUUUGGAGUUGUUUUGGCCCUUUGCUUCUCUGUCAUUUAGGAAUUAGGACAGUGCUUUAGGUAGGUAUUGAUUGGGAGAGGAAGGAAAGGAAGAGAUAAUGAGGGAGGGAGGAUUCAUGACAGGAUUCACACGUCACAAUCCAACUCUAUCAGCUUGUCCUGGGAGUGUACAAGGUUCAACAAUGCAACAAAAAAAAAGAUCCAAGAGGCAUGGGGGUGUUCACGUGUGCAGGGCAGCACCACUAGAACACACUGUGUCUGCUUAAGAACACACAGGAGUGAAUGGACAUCCCUGUCUAGUACCUAAUCAACCAAUACUUUUUGUUUUGUAUCCAGCCAUGUUGGAUGUUGAAGUAUUUUAUAUAAACAGUCUUAAUGUGAAACAUAGUCUGUGAUGUUAUUCUCUGAGCAGCUUUGGUAUAGAAUUUCAGUCAGCGCCACGUUGGCACGAAAGUUCCAAGAUAAUGACUCAAGUUGAAAUGCUAAUUACAAUGUUGUUGUCAUGGAACGCUGGUUGCCAGUUUGGUGCCAACAGUUGGUUUAUCUCUGUAGAACUGUGACUGGUAGUGAGACCCUGUACAACCCGGCCACUCUGAGGUAUUUUAAGAACUGUGUGUUUGUGGAUGUGCGUGUGUGUGUUAGCUGUUAGAUGUUAGGGGAACACAGUCAAUGACAGAGAAUGUGGAAUGGUAUGUUGUAUUUUGGUCUUUCUGAGAAUUCUAGAACAUUUGGAGUCAGAACUCUGCUUAUUGAGCGACCAAUAGGAAAGUAGUGGUCCAUAGCCCCGUCACGGUUCUGGAAACAUUAAAGGUAGUACGUCCAGAUUUAAUUAAAGAAACAGUUAACCCAGACUACCAUAAAGGGAAGGUUCAGUCAGAUAACUAACAAUCCACGGCUUGCCAACUUUGUAGUUCAGGUUUCCCUUUAAUUCUGACAUUGACUAGUCCCGUACCGUAUGAACUAAAAUCCCAGACAACGCAUGCAGUGGGUUAACAAAAUUACAUUUGUUGUCAGACAGACUACCAUGUCAAUGUGUCAUGAAACAUUAUGGAAUUUAUAAAGUAUCAUAUUUAGCUAACCACACACUAUGAAAAGCAAAUCAGAAGUCUAUCACCAGUUUAAGUGUGCUAGUGUUAGUAGCAGCAUAGUAAUAGUAAUAGUAGAAGUAGUAAUAGUAGAUCUAGUGGAAUAGAUUGGCUUGACUGCCUAUUAAUGUCAUAUACUGUAUGUUAUUUUGGAUACCGAUGCACUUUACAUCCAACAUAUUCAUUCAUCAACAAUACGUAAGUUUAGAAUGUUAUAAUGAGAACAAGAAUUUGAUCCACACUCUUGGUCUACUACUACUUAUUUUUGUAUUGUCUUUUGUGGUAUAAUACUUUACUUUUACUUUACUUUUUUAUAUAACAAUCUUAAGCAUGAGAUACAUCACAUUUUCAUUUUGGGUAAAAACAAAUAUUCUAAAAAAAUUGUAUUUUUGUAGUUUAAUACGUCAAACACACAAAGUUCAUAUGAAGGAGCUAGAAUGUAUAAUGUCUCCAGAUCUUUUCACAUGAGCCAUUUCCUCUGAUGUAACGUCAUUUCAAUGUUAAACUGUAUAUUGUUGAGUAAAAUGUAAUCUUUGAAUAAAAAGUAUUCCUUUUUA